CAAACAUCCACCCAGAAAGAGCUGGAGAUCACCAGAGACAGAAAGGACCGGAGUGACGAGGCCGAGGAAGGGGGAACUUAACCCAUCCGAACCACCCUUGAAACGGACAAGCACGCCAAGCAAAGGCGAGAGAAAAACGUCAAGCAGGAACUGACAAAUCGCCCAUUUUUUUCCACAAACGUUGGUUUGCCCCCGACGCCUGGCGAGACACUCAUCGAAUUUCAUCAGCAAUGGCCCAAGAGACAAACCAGAGUCCGGUGCCCAUGCUGUGUGCCACAGGCUGUGGUUUCUAUGGCAACCCAAGAACCAAUGGAAUGUGCUCUGUAUGCUACAAGGAACACCUGACAAGGCAACAGAGCAGCGACCGGAUGAGCCCCCUUAGCCCUAUGGGCUCAACUUCUAGUCCUACCUCAGAGGUGUCUGCAAUCCAGAGACUAGAAGCUAGUCUAGCCAAGGUUGAUGCCCGCCCUGCCUCCUCGCCAGACAUGUCUAGAACUAUUCAAGGAUCUCUUCCUGUGACUCAACAAAUGACAGAGAUGAGCAUCUCGACAGAGGACAAGCCUGAAUCCCUAGAACCUGUUGUAAACCAGCCUGCUGCCUCUAGCGCAACUCCCAUAGCUUCUUCGAGCAGCGACGACAGCAAGGAUGACUCGUCCAAGCCGAAGAAGAACAGGUGCUUCAUGUGCCGCAAGAGGGUGGGCCUUACAGGAUUUGACUGUCGCUGUGGAAACCUCUUCUGUGGUAUCCACCGGUACUCUGACAAGCACAACUGUCCCUAUGACUACAAAGCUGAGGCGGCCGCCAAGAUUCGUAAGGAGAACCCCGUGGUGGUGGCCGACAAGAUCCAGAGAAUAUAGGUCAUGGUGCAAGUGGCAAUGAUGAAGACAACACUUUUUGGAAAAAGACUCGAGUGUUUCACCUUUGGAAUUGAACACUGGCAUUUGUGGCCAAGUGAGGAUGGCAAGAACUCGAUUUACAAAAUUAAAACCUCAACAAGACAUUAAAAGAGAAUCCUGUCUGAGGGAGAUGCAUGAAUGAUCACUUUGCUCCCCUUUUGAUUAAUCCAUUUUGUUAGUUUUAUCAUAUUUUCUGUGGUGUGACUUUUUCUUCCCAGGAAUACAUAUUGUCUUAGAAAGAGCAGCCCGAAGUAAAUGUCGGAGGCAAACUGCGCUUCUCUCACCCUAACCAGGCAUACAGUGUGCCAAACUGUAGACCACCCUUCUUGCUCACUCCCUGUCAAGCAUCAGAAACCACAUCGAGAAUUGAGACCCCCAAAUGUUGCACAAGAAGUUCUGUUAGUUUGUCCCUUGUCUUCCCCGGCUUGACCUACCUCACAGCUGCUCUGUUAGCCUUCUUUUCUCUCUAACUGCGUGUGCUCUUCCGCUGUGACCUCGGCAGAGAAGCAAGGCACCUCUCUUUCGCCUAAGUGACCCCUCAGAUCAGCAUUCUUAUAUUGACUGUUUGGUUUGAUUGUGAUGAGGCUCAGUCUUGUUUAGUUGUGGAGGUACAGUGCAGGGCAGGGACAAAUACACGUUCAUUUUCACUGAAUUCAAACCCUAGUAGUGAGCAGGGUGAACGAGCUUGUACGUGAGUGACAGGCUGGAAGGAAGGGUGGAUGCCUCACAGAUCAAUCUUGGCUACAAGGAAUGGAAUUUAGGCAUGAAUUUCUCUUCGUCUACAGGAGCGUUUUUAGAAAAUAUGGCCUCAAUCUAGUUGGUUUGCAGGCAUUUUUACUUGCUGAGACAAUUAUGUUUAUUUUUGCCCCCGCUCAUGCAUCCUUCCACAUACUGAUAUUGUUCUGAUGUUGGCACAUGUAUGCAAUGCAUAUCUGCAGUUAGAAUAUGUGAACCAUGAUUUUGUCUUUGGGUUUUAUUCAUUUUAAGUGUGCUAACCGAACAUUCAUGUGAGCACAGCGUGCGUGCGCGCAGAAACAAGGUUUAUCAGCACAUGUUUACAGAAAACUACAGGAGCAUGCCAGAGGUAGAUUAAAAUGAAAUAAAAUAUACUAGACUACCACAAUUAUAUGUAGCGCGUGAGUGUGUGUGCGCGCGUGUAUGUUUGUGUGUGUGUGCAUUAUUUUCAUGGCUGCCUGACUGUACGUACAAGUUGUUCAUGUUCCCAGUGUUUUUCAUUUAAGACAACUAUGUAUCCGUUUUGAUUUUUUUUCUCCCCGUUUCUGAUUCUUAGUUAUAUGCAAAUUUGUACAAAACAAUGAAAAAACAACAAACUGUUGAUAUUUAUGUAUUGCAUAUAAUCCUGCUCUCCAGCAUUACCACAGAAUAGUAUCUUGUAAAUAAAACUGUACAGAGAGACAUUAA